GCUGUGAGAACUGGAAUACUCGUUGGGGUUAACGUAUAAACCUUGGCAAACUCAAGAUCCCGAGGCUGCACUGACACUGACAGGAUUCCCGUUGAGUCCGUUGCCAUCAAGCAGGUAUCCAGCAGGUUCGGAGCCCGGCACCUAUAAUGAACGCCAGUCUUGACGCUUUCAUCAGCCUCUACCUUCGUCAAACUCGCUGUGACUACAAUGGCACGGAUGAGGCCAUGGCCAUGGUGCGGAGGUGUAACGGCAGCGGCAGCCCUCACUUUCAGAUCCCCGUCUUCUCCGGCGUGGCCAAGGUGAGGGUGGGGAUCACUGCCCUGGUCUUCACCGUCUCCGCCUUCUGCAACCUGGCCGUGCUGUGGACCACCGGCCGCAACCGCAAGAGGAGGUCCCACGUCCGGAUCCUGAUCGUCAACCUGGUGGUGGCGGACCUGCUGGUGACCUUCGUGGUCAUGCCACUGGACGCCGCCUGGAACAUCACCGUGCAGUGGCAGGGCGGAGACCUGGCCUGCCGGCUCCUCAUGUUCCUCAAGCUGAUGGCCAUGUACUCCUGCGCCUUUGUCACCGUGGUCAUCAGCAUCGACCGCCAGUCCGCCAUUCUAAACCCCCUGGGCAUCAGCGAGGCCAAAAAGAAGAAUAAGAUCAUGUUGACGGUGGCAUGGCUGCUGAGUGCCAUCCUCUCUAUCCCACAGAUUCUCCUGUUUCAUACGACAAGCAUCAAUGUGCCCCAAAACUUCACUCAGUGCUCCACUAUUGGGAGUUUCAAAGAACACUGGCAAGAGACCUCCUACAACAUGUUUACAUUUGUUUUCCUGUUUCUCAUGCCUUUGAUGAUCAUGAUAUUCUGCUACACUCGAAUCCUGAUGGAGAUAUCAAAGAGGAUGGCCAAGGGAAACUUAUCGUCGAAGGAAGUGCAUUUAAGACGAUCAAAGAACAACAUACCCAAGGCUCGACUGAGGACCCUAAAGAUGAGCAUUAUUAUUGUGACCUCCUUCAUUGUUUGCUGGACCCCCUACUACCUCCUGGGACUCUGGUACUGGUUCUCCCCAGAGAUGCUUUCUGAGGAAAAGGUCUCGCCUGCAUUGAGUCAGAUCCUCUUCAUCUUUGGUCUCUUCAACACUGUCCUGGACCCCAUCACCUAUGGGCUUUUUACCAUCCAAUUCAGGAAGAGUCUCCAGUGCUGCUGCCACUCGGACAAGACCGCGUCCAACUUAAAUCUCAACACGACGCAGACGGGCUCCUUCAGGUGCUCGGGGUCGUCUUUUCGCCUCAAAAAGUUAAUUGCGCUUGGUCAAGAGGGUCAAAGGUCAAUCGCGGAGAACGAGUCCCACAGCAACAGCAAUUAUUGCAAGAACGGUUAUCUUGAUGCACCGGGAGGCUGCCAGUGAAGGCACUAACACAAGGUGCUGAUGACUGAUCCUCCUGUGGUCCUGAAACACGAAGUACAGAAGACUGAUGUGUCCUUGUGUAGUCUUGCAUUAGGGAGCAGGCCAGUCUAACUGCGAGUAACAGCUUGGUUGGUGUGUGUGCAUGAUUUGAUUUUGCCAACUCUACCUGUGGUCGAACGUUGUUUUCUUUCCCACUUUGGUGACUGCCUUCUUGCCCUUAUACAACAAAGGCACCAUUCUGCCCGUCCACUCCAUCCUAUCCCUGUGUAAGGGCAAUUAAGCCUCCCUCCAUGGCCCUGGUGAUGCAUCACCAUCUCAGAUUCAGAUUCAGAUUCAGAUUCAACUUUAAUUGACAUUGUGCAGUGUACAGUACAGAGACAACCAAAUGCAGUCUGACACUUACCCAACAACGCCUUCUUCGCUCCUCCAUCAAAGUAAAUUGGUCUGAAAAUACUGGUCUUGAAUCAAGAGGAUCCUUGUCAUCAGAAGUGAAGCCACAUAAUGUUCAGACACAUAGGUAUUUAUAAACUGUGGUCUCGUCUCUGUCAGAAGCACCUAUAAAUAUUUCAACUCUUCAAAUAGUUUGGUAACGUUGAAGCUUUCAGAACCUCUGAUGUCGUGUUACUUAUCUUGAAAAUCGGAAAAUGAUCAUAUCCUCCAAUAGCCGACUAGCCUGUCAAACUGGCUGGAGAGACACCACAGGAAGAGUCAAAUGCAAGUGGACCUCCCAGUGUCUGGGCUGGCUGCAAGACGUCCUUCCUCCUGCUCCAUCAAUAUCAAAGCUCAUUCCAUCAACUUCAUGCAGUUGCAUCUCUUUAGAGCACUUUGCGUAAAGUCUGAAGAAGGGUCCCGACCCGAAAUGUCACCAGCCUGAAGAAGUGGUCUAACCAGAAUCGUCACCUAUCCAUGUUCUCCAGGAAUGCUGCCUGACCCGCUGUGUCACUCCAGCACAUAGUGUCUCGCUUUUUAAUGUAAAAUCAAUGUAGAUAAUCAAUGCUUUAAGACAAGGACCAACCCAAAACGCCACCCAUUCCUUUUCUCCAGGGAUGCUGCCUGUCCCGUUGAGUUACUCCAGCAUUUUGUGUCAAUCAACACUUAUCAACAAUCUGCAAAUUGUAAAUGUUCAUCGUUAAUCUGCUUCGGCCCGUCUCCAUUUGACAUCCAAAUCACAGCUGGAAAAUCCUUCCAAGCCCAGUCCUUUACAUUCAGAAUACAAAGUGUAGAUUUAAUAUAAAUUCUAUUUUUUAAUGGAGAUUACUUUCUCCUUCUGUCAACUGUGAUGGGUUUACCACUGCUUUGUGAACGAGUGAUGAUUAUUUUCUCAAUACAUCGACAGGAUUCUUAUUUAAUAAAAUGAUGCCUAUCGAUGUGUAUAACUGUGUGCAUUGUACUUUAUCCAGAGUUACCCAGUCCAAUCUAAACUGACUUUACCAAUUACAGUACUUGUUUGUCUCAACAAAUAAAUACACUGCCAUGUGUGGUUGAUACUGCCUGAUGUGGUUUAUCUUGAGCUCGUAGAUGAGUAUAUGCAUCGUGUAAUAAUUGAUCUCAGUGCAUCCGGAUUAGAAA